AUGAAGAACAGCUUUCUAACCCUGCCUAAGACUGUAGCUCGGAAGCUGAGUAGCUUCGCCGAGCAAUAUUCCGUCGACCUGCCGCCGAACAUGCUUGAACAUUGGCAUUGGUCGAAUGCCAACUUCCCCGAUGCCGACAAAAUGUGCUCAAUUCUGCAGGGUUUGUGGUUGAAGCAAGUCGCCAGUGAUAGGAAGGUCAAGCGAGUCCUCGACAUCGGCUGUUACACCGGCUUCAGUGCCAUAGCGUGGUUCGAGGGCACCGUAGAGACGUGUGCAGAGAUCAUCACAGUGGAGGCCGAUAGCCGCAUGGCGUCCGUUGCCAGAGAUGCGUUCGCACGGUUUGGAUAUGACGGACGAAUCACGGUCCUGGAAGGCACGUCUCCAGAUAUCUUGCAGUCGUUGAGCGGCGAAUUCGACCUGGUCUUCGUUGACAUGGCCUUCGGCGCGUAUCUACCGACGGUUCAGGUUCUCCUCGAGCGAAAGAUUCUUGCACCUAAUGGAGUGAUCCUGGUUGAUAAUGUUUUCGCGCGAGGGUUUGUCGUAGACAACUCAAACCUUCAAGACAUUGAUAGCGAGCAGCUCAAACACUGGGAAGAAUCAGGCGAGCUCAUGAAAAUUUUCAACAGGACUAUGAGCCAGGACCAGAGAGUCGAGACGCUUAUCCUGCCAGUGUUUGACGGGAUAUCGGAGAUCAGGUGGCGCAAGCCCAACAACAGCGCCCAGCCGAGUCGUACAGACACCGAUACAAAGGGUAGCUAG